AUGGACCUCUCAACCGCUGUCGACACAAGGGAAUUGCUUCGAACAGCGUGGUCAAAGUUCGAUGCCGAACACGACCGCAUGGUAUCGUCAUCUCGCGAAACAGCAAUGGAACAGUCGUAUUUCAAGGAAAAUCGCUAUGAUGCGACCAUGCAGGCAUAUCUAGGCGGAGUAACGCUGUUAGACUUGCGUAUAGAAGAACUUUCUCAGCAAGUACCGCCUGUCACAUCUCAGAGAGCAUCUCGUUCAAGGACAGUACUUCCUAAUAUCUCAUUACUGAAGUUUUUCAGUGCCAUCUCAGAGUGGAGACCCUUUGAGGAACUAUUUUCCUCAAUGAUCAAAGACAACUCAGACCUCUCACAAGUUGAGAAGUUACACUAUCUCAGAACCAGCCUGGAGGGAGAGGCAACUAAAGUCAUAUCAGAUCUAAAAUUAUCCGCUGAUUCUUUUACUAUAGCAUGGAAUAGAUUGUCAGAUAGAUUCGUCAACAAACGCCUAUUAAUCCUGGCUCCUUUUGAUAGGCUGAUGGCCCUUCCUCGCAUCAAGGAAAGGUCAUCUGGAUCCCUCAACAAGUUAAUUAACAUAGUUACGUCAUCUCUCAGUGCUUUAGAGACAUUAGAAUGCCCGAUUAAUCAAUGGGAUCAUAUCCUCGUUCAUCAGGUGGGAUUAGCGUUGGAYGACAAGACUCGCGAAGACUGGGAAACCAGAUUAGGAACAUCACGCGAGUUCYCACCGCUAGAUAAACUAAUGAGUCAUCUCACUAGCACGGCUAGAGCACUGGAACAUAUCGAGACUCGUAGGUCUUACGAGGAAUUCAAAAGAACAUCUCAAAGGCCCAAAGCUGCCCCCACAAGGUCCUACGCAAGGGCCUUAAACGUAAAGGCUGAGGCUACUACGCCUACACCGAUAUCUCAGUCUACACGAUCAUCUCAGUCGGCAUUGGAUAAAAGGCCAAUUAAAAAACAUCCGAUGCCAUUUAUAACAGACCUCUCCAACACUUGCAGUUAUUGUAGUCAUAAGCACUACAUCGCCUUCUGUCCUCUGUUCAAGAGUCUAACUCAACAGAAGAAGGAGAAGGUCAUAGCAGAAUCUCGCCUAUGUUAUAACUGUUUAGGCAGGCAUAACGUUAGGCAAUGCAGGAGUACUAGGCGAUGCAACCAGUGUGGAGAUCGGCACCACACGCUCAUACAUCCCAAGAAAAGGAUGACAUCGUCCAGGACAUCUCCUCCUACAACAAGGACAUCUCCUCCAACAUCGUCUAGGACAUCUCCUCCUACAUCAAGAUCAUCGCUGCCAAUCUCAAGGACUUUAAGCUCUCUCUCAGAGACAACACAUACAUCUCAGAGAGUCUCGUCCUCGCAGGGCUCACGGGUAUCGUCGGAUGAGUCACCGAGAGAGGAUCGUCGGAUAUCUUUGGUUCGAAAGUCAUCUCAUCGCCGAUCCUCUAGUCCGAAGUCAUUAUCAUCCACUUUCGUACUCUUAGCUACUUGUAAAGCUUUUGCCAUAUCUUCAAAUGGAUCGCCUAAUUUAGUACGUCUUUUCAUUGAUCCUGGAUCAGAGUUGACUUUAGUCUCCUCUAAAAUCAUAGCUAAGCUAAAGCUUAGCCGUUCUCCAGGAAACAUUUCUAUUCAGGGUGUGGGUAGUACAUCUCCAGGAGCGACCCAAGGUCAMGUGUCCUUGGUCCUCCAAUCGACAUACUCGUCAUCUCGGGUUCAUCUUAAGGCAUUCAUUUUGCCAAAAGUCACAUCUCAGUUGCCGUCGUCUGUAAUAUCAGAGCAACAUUGGCCUCAUCUCAGAUCUCUUAAAUUAGCGGAUCCUGACUUUCUCACUCCAGAUCACAUCGACAUUCUCAUUGGUGCUGAUAAUCUCAGAASAGUUCUCAAGUCCUCUCGCCUUGUUAUGGGAGGCGACUCAGAACCUAUAGCUUUCCACACCAGGUUCGGUUGGGCAGUUCUAGGCGCCACUUCCAGCCCAAACAAGGUCGAUCCUCUCAAAAUUUGCCAUGCCAUCUCUAGCGAAUCUCUUGACAAAGCUCUAACAAAAUUCUGGGUUCAGGAAGAAAUCUCAUCUUCCCCUGCGUCAACCUUGAGUCUCGCUGAAUCGCAAUGCGAGCAGCACUUUGUUAAUACGCACUCUCGAUUGCCAACUGGUCGUUACAUGGUUCGUCUGCCAUUCUCGAAAGACAUAUCCACCUUAGGGCAUUCACGGUCUCUUGCCAUGAGAUGCCUUGAAAGACUUCUCAAGAGAUUCGAAACCGAUAGGCAUUUCAAGGAGACCUACUCUGAAUUCCUCAAAGAAUAUGAGUCUUUAGGACAUAUGGUUCAUGUUCCUCUCGAUGCUCCUGAGCCAUCUCAGGCGUAUUACCUCCCGCACCACGGAGUUUGGCGCGAGCAAAGUUCCUCCACCAAACUGCGGGUAGUAUUUAACGGUUAA